GCGCUCGCUAUCCACCACCAGGAGGUUUUCGGUCAGGAGAAUCAGCGGAAGGUUCUAGAAGCUUCCGGGUAUAGUGGUGGGUACACGCUCGCCGUCGCAGUUGAUGGCGGUCCUCGAGAGGUCGUCGUCCUCCGCCGCGGCCGCCGUCGCGGCCCUGAUCGCUCUCGCGUCCGUCGCCGCCGUUGCCGGCGAGGUCUUCUUCCAGGAGAAGUUUGACGAUGGGUGGGAGGAUCGGUGGGUCAAGUCUGAAUGGAAGAAGGAAGACAACACGGCCGGCGAGUGGAACCACACGUCCGGCAAAUGGAACGGAGAUGCCGACGACAAAGGCAUCCAGACCUCUGAAGACUACAGGUUUUAUGCCAUCUCGGCGCAGUACACCGAGUUUAGCAACAAGGACAAAACCCUGGUGCUGCAGUUCUCGGUGAAGCACGAGCAGAAGCUCGACUGCGGCGGUGGGUACGUGAAACUGCUCGGUGGUGAUGUCGACCAGAAGAAGUUUGGUGGCGAGACCCCGUACAGCAUCAUGUUCGGGCCGGAUAUCUGUGGGUAUGCCACCAAGAAGGUCCACGCUAUCCUUACGAAGAGCGGCAAGAACCAUUUGAUCAAGAAGGAGGUGCCAUGCGAGACCGAUCAACUGACACAUGUGUACACUCUGAUCAUCCGUCCUGAUGCCACGUACAACAUUCUUAUUGAUAAUACUGAGAAGCAAUCUGGCAGUAUCUAUGAUGAUUGGGAUAUUCUUCCUCCAAAGAAGAUCAAAGACCCUGAAGCCAAGAAGCCAGAAGACUGGGAUGACAAGGAAUACAUUCCUGAUCCUGUGGACAAGAAGCCAGAGGGUUAUGAUGAUAUUCCCAAGGAAAUUCCUGACCCUGAUGCAAAGAAGCCAGAGGAUUGGGAUGAUGAGGAAGAUGGUGAAUGGACAGCCCCAACCAUUCCAAACCCCGAGUACAAAGGACCAUGGAAGCAAAAGAAAAUUAAGAACCCUGACUACAAGGGCAAGUGGAAGGCACCUUUGAUUGACAACCCAGACUACAAGGACGAUCCUUACAUCUAUGCUUUUGACAGUUUAAAGCACAUUGGCAUUGAGCUGUGGCAGGUUAAAUCGGGAACUUUGUUCGACAACAUUCUGAUCACUGAUGACCCUGAGUAUGCCAAGAAGUUUGCAGAGGAGACUUGGGGCAAGCACAAAGAUGCUGAGAAGUCUGCCUUCGACGAGGCUGAGAAAAAGAGGCUUGAGGAGGAAUCUGCAAACACUAAAGACGACGAAGACGACGCAGAUGAGGAUGAGGAUGAUGCCGACGAUGACAAGGCUGAUAAGACCGCUGAGGCCGCCAAGGACUCUGCUGAUGAGAAACCAGAGGACGGCAAGGUCGAUGCUGAUGAGAAACCGGAAGACAGCAAGGAUGCUUCUGCUGAGGAGAAGAAACAUGAUGAGCUCUAGAGGGCGCGGAUGAAGAGGCAGAGGCAGGCUGUUUUUUCUUCUGUUGGUUUCAGUUGGAGCUAGCACUUACAGAGUCAGUUACCAAUCACAUCGCAUUAGAAGAAGGCCAUGCGUUUCGACAUGGUAUGGCAUGUACAACAUUGCCGAAAGAAAAACAUAGUAAUGCAGAUUCGGCCAUUGUAGCGUCCUUUUCCCCUGAUGGGAGGAAUAUCUCGCAUCGGCAUAUGGCA